AUGGCUUCAACCUUGAAAAAACUAUUGUCGCAACAGGCCACUCGCCUCGACACAAUAAAAAGAACUAUCACACGUAGAAAACAGGCAUCGAAGGAAGGAACCCUAUCCAUUCCUCUUCUUAAGUCUAGGUUGAACCAGUUAGAAAUGUACUGGAACGAGGCCCGAGAAGCUCACCUAGACAUCGUGAGUACUGCGGACUCUGAAAAAGAGCCCUAUGUUACUGAACAACAAUUUGAAAACAUGGAGGUCGAAUAUGAAGCCGAAACCGAUGAUUUAGCUUCACUACUACACGACUCAACAACAUCCACUCAACAUAACGAGCCCUCCAAUCUACAUACAGGCGGACCAAUUUCAAGCAAGUUGCGCCUGCCGAAGUCUACAUUACCGCAAUUCUCUGGGAAGUACGAAGAUUGGGGAAACUUUUCAGAUUUAUUCCUCUCCAUGAUAGAUGAGGACAAAACGCUGCCUAAUGUCGUAAAACUGCAAUACUUGAAGCAAUGUUUAACCGAUGAGGCUGCCGACUUUGUGAAGGACAUCAAAGUAGAGGAAGUAAAUUACAAGCCCACAUGGGAGGCAUUAAGGGGCAGAUACUGCAACGUACGCCUGCUCAUACAUACUCACUUCAACACCCUUUACAAUCUACCCAAACUACAAAGCGAAUCGGUAGCAGACCUCAAAAUACUCAUCGACAAAACUAGACAAGCUGUCCGCUCUCUGAAAAACAUCGGAAGAGAAAUCAUCGGUGAUUGGCUGGUUUACCACACGAGCGAACGGCUGGAUCCAGAGUUGCGCCUUCAAUGGGAAAACUACCUCAGCACCCGGAGUUCGAAACCCCCCAAUUCGGAAGGCAACGACACGGAACCCGAUGAUUAUCCCACAUUCCAAGCUUUGGCAAAAUUUAUCGACGAUCGAAUAAUCACCCUAAACAUGACAGACUCGCAUCGCUCAACGACAACCACCAACUCGCUCGCAUCAAGUUCAAAAAAACAAGGACAGAAAAACAUCAAGAGGUCUUUUCACAACUCAGAAAAGAGCGGACCUUCAAACCGGAAAUGUCCAAAGUGUUCCGAAGAACACUACAUAGGUCGCUGCCCGACCUUUAAACAACUUAGCACAUUGGAGCGCCUUAACGAAGCACGACGAAUGAAACUCUGUUUUAAUUGUCUAGGCCUUCACCAAAUCAAGGACUGCACUUCCAAGGGACGCUGCUUCGAAUGUCAUAAGCAACAUCACAGCCUUCUGCACAGGCCAUCUAGAGACGAAAAAUCCGAGCACGAAAAGAAGGCAAAAGGCCCUCACCAGACACAAAGUCCACCGGCUAGUGCAGCAUUCUCCGUCCGUACGAAUACAACGUCCAUCAGCAGAUCCAAACGGACAAUUCUUCUGGCAACAGCCUGCGCUGUUCUUGAGGGACCAAAAGGCCAAAUCAAGGCCCGUGCCAUGCUGGAUCAAGGAUCCGAGGUAUCCUUCAUUUCACAGGAUGUCGUAAGGCAAUUGGGACUAUCAUGCUACCCCGCAAAUGUCACUAUCCUGGGAUUGGGAAACCACAAAGUGGGGGAGGCAAAAACAGUUGCCACGAUGACCCUAAGGUCCGUGCACCAACCCGACUUCCAUCUCGAAUUCCAAGCUUAUGUGGUCCCGAAACUUACAUCAAGGCUUCCAACAAGAAGAAUAGUGGAGAUCGAUCUAGAUUGGCUCGGAGCAGAAAAGUUGGCUGAUCCUCUGUACUACCAACCUGGAACAAUCCAACUUAUAAUCGGUGCCGAUUACUAUGGACAGUUAUUAGUACCAGGGCUGUACCAGAUUGAAAACCCAAAAGCAACAGCCCAAAAAACAGCUCUGGGCUGGGUUGUUUCGGGAACAGUUCAAACCGAGUCUAAACGGCGGGCGGAACCAACUUCACCAAUAACAGUUUCGUCAAUGCAUUGCUUACCGUCAGAAAAUAUUCAAGAUCAACUACAACGCUUUUGGGAAUUCGAAACAAUCCCAAAUAACAAAGUUAUCAAGCCAGACGACGAACGUUGUGAAAAACAUUUCGUCAAUACACAUACACGAACCCCAGAAGGCCAGUACAUGGUCCGUCUUCCCAUUAAGUGUCAACCUCCAGAGGCUGCGACUGAAACAAGAAAAAUGGCUGCAAGCAGCCUAAUUGGAACAGAGCGACGAUUUAAACAAGAUAUCAAGUUAUCCGAAGCCUACUGCGAGUUCAUGGAUAAUUACGAAUCAGACGGCCACAUGGAGAGAGUUCCAGAGGAGGAAUUGAACAACCCAAAGGCUUGGUACAUACCACACCACGCAAUAAUCCAACAAUUAAACAACUUGGGCUGGAAAUUAAGAGUGGUGUUUAACGCAUCAAGGUUAACCUCUCAGAAAAAAUGCCUUAAUGAUUUCCUGCAUGCCGGACCUGCUCUACAGAACGACAUUGGCCUCAUACUAUUAAACUGGCGCAGACACAGAGUCGUUUUCACCGCGGACAUAGUAAAAAUGUUCCGCCAGAUCCUCGUCCAUCCGGAAGAUCGCGACCUACAACGGAUUCUAUGGCGAUCAACUCCGGAGAAACCCAUCGAAGAAUAUCGGCUCUGCACUGUCACAUAUGGCACGGCGUGCGCGCCAUAUCUCGCCAUCCGCACCUUGAAACAACUUUCGAUCGAUGAAGGAGCUCAAUUUCCACUUGGAGCGGACUGUUUGUUAGAUAACACCUAUGUCGACGAUAUCUUCGACGGCGAUGAUGACGUCCUUCAAGCCGAGAAGAAACGAGAUCAAGUGAUAGAUCUCUGUGCGAAGGCGAACCUUAAGUUAGAUAAAUGGGCAGUAAACCACCCCGAUCUACAUCCUUCAUCUAGCGCACCACUAUCCUCGGAGAUCAUCGACAAAAACACAGUCUUUAAGACUCUGGGGAUACUGUGGGCUUCAAGAGUCGAUUACUUUGCUUUCAACAACCCUCAAAAAACACACAUCUCAGGGGAUGCGACAAAAAGAAUGAUUUCCUCUAGCAUUGCCCAGCUAUACGACCCUUUGGGCUGGCUCGCACCUAUCACAGUGGUCGCCAAGAUCAUGCUCCAGGACCUCUGGAUACUCAGAAUUGACUGGGAUGCUGAACUCCCUACCGAAGUACAAGAGCGCUGGACGCAAUAUUAUCAAUCCCUAGUUGGAUUAUCAGGUAUCAAGAUACCACGAUGGCUAGGAAGCUUUUCGAACUCGCUGAUCGAGCUCCAUGGAUUCUCAGACGCAUCCACUCGAGCCUACGCAGCAGUAGUCUACGUGCAAGUCCUUAAAUACAAAGAGGACGGUCAAGUUACACUUCUUGCAGCGAAGUCCAAAGUCGCUCCUAUUAAGACUGCAACAAUACCAAACCUAGAACUCUGUGGAGCUGCUCUCCUAGUAAAGCUCUUAAAAUACGUUAGACGGCUGACCUUUCUAAAUGCUGUGCCUGUGACGGCUUGGUGUGACAGUCAAGUCACCCUAGCCUGGAUCAACCAACAUCCAUCUAAAUGGAAAACCUUCAUUGCGAACCGUGUCUCCUACAUUCAGACUGAACUGCCUUCGGUGAAAUGGAGACACGUGCCUAGCCAAGAAAAUCCGGCUGACCUAGCGACACGAGGUCUUCAACCAGAGACCCUACGAGAAAAUAGACUUUGGUGGAAUGGUCCACAAUGGCUGUCCCUAUCACCGGCUAAUUGGCCCUCUCAACUUCAACGUCCCGAUACCGAAAAUGCGGAAGUAAAAGCGUUCCUCACAGUCAAGAAUGAAGUCGAAAUUGAGAUCCUCUCAAGAUUCUCCUCUUUGCAACGGCUUAUUAGAGUUGUAGCAUUCUGCUUGAGAGUGUUCAAGAACUAUAAAGCAAAGGGAUCUGAAAACUCUUUCAAGGAUACAGUCCUCUCCUCGACCGAAUUGGACUCCGCCAAAUCGACGGUCUUAGCGAUAGCGCAGAGGAAAACAUUCUCUGAGGAGAUAGACUUACUCAAAAACGCGAAAAGCAUUCCUAAACAUAGCAAACUCCGCAAUCUCAACCCCUUUUUGGAUAAAGCGGGAAUCCUUCGAGUAGGUGGACGUUUGAAACAUUCCUCACUAGCCUUCUCCUCGAAGCAUCCACCGAUUCUACCAAAAGAUUCACCACUGACACCCUUGUAUGUAAGCUUAGCGCACAAGGUCUCGGGUCAUGGAGGACCAAAAUUAACCCUGAGCAUCCUUCGAAACUUAGUGUGGAUUGUCGGCGCAACCUCACUAGUGAGAAAACUGGUCCGCAAGUGUGUGCCCUGUCACCGAAUUAAACCUCGCUUUCCCACGCAGCUCAUGGGUGAUCUCCCACCCGCAAGAAUAGAACCGGCUCGUCCGUUUACGAAUUGCGGACUAGACUAA